UAGGAGCUUCUCCAUUCUGUCAGCUCUCCCGGAACAUCCAAGGCAAGACUGGCACCCAGGGCGCAGCAGGAAUCAUGGAGUCCUUCAGUUCAAAGAGUCUGGCGCUGCAAGCAGAGAAGAAGCUACUGAGUAAGAUGGCAGGUCGGUCUGUGGCUCAUCUCUUCAUCGAUGAGACGAGCAGCGAGGUGCUAGAUGAGCUCUACCGUGUGUCCAAAGAAUACACACACAGCAGGCCCCAGGCCCAGCGGGUUAUCAAGGACCUGAUCAAGGUGGCUGUCAAGGUGGCCGUGCUGCACCGUAGUGGCUGCUUCAGCCCCAGCGAGCUGGCCUUGGCUACCCGCUUUCGCCAGAAGCUGCGGCAGGGCGCCAUGACCGCGCUCAGCUUCGGCGAGGUGGACUUCACCUUUGAGGCUGCUGUGCUGGCCGGCCUGCUGCGCGAGUGCCGGGAUAUGCUGCUGGAGCUGGUGGAGCACCACCUCACACCCAAGUCACAUGGCCGCAUCCGCCACGUGUUCGAUCACUUCUCUGACCCAGGCCUGCUCACGGCCCUCUACGGGCCUGACUACACUCAGCACCUUGGCAAGAUCUGUGAUGGGCUCAGGAAGCUGCUGGAUGAGGGGAAGCUCUGAGAGCCCUGACCCCAGCAUGUUCCUUCUUGGCAAAAUGGCUGACUGAGAAAACAACAGAUAAUGGGCUUUCUAACCCUGCUCAUCUGCACUAAUGCUUUUCAACCCUCAGGUUUCAGUCUUUCCCAAGAGUGCCUGUGACUCUGAGACCACCCCACCCCCAACUGCUGGUGGAGAAGAAGCAAUGCUGAGGGUUGAGGC